AUCAACGCCCUCGCUGGAAGCGCUCUAACCACUUGUGUUGAAAAAUCACAGGAAGCUACACGCUAGCCCGUUAGCUUAGUUUAGCUAACUCAAUAACGUUGCAGAUUAAAUACUGCACAAGGACUCGGUUUUCUGUUGUUGCUAACGCGAUAAAGGUUUGGAUUGCGGUCACAAGAACCCAGAGCGAUGACGGGUUGCAUUGAGUACAAGCUGAACCAGGGCCCGGAGGACACCAUCUCCGCUGUCAAGUUCAGCCCCAGCACGGCCCAGUUCCUCCUGGUGUCUUCGUGGGACUGCACGGUCCGCCUCUACGAUGUCGCCGCCAACUCCAUGCGGAUGAAGUACAAACACUCAGAUCCAGUCCUGGACUGUGCAUUUUAUGAUCCCACACAUUCUUGGAGUGGUGGUUUGGAUGCACAGUUAAAAACCCACGACCUGAACACAGAUCAAGAUACGAUUGUUGGAACUCACGACGCCCCCAUCCGCUGUGUGGAGUACUGUCCGGAGGUCAACGUCAUGGUAACGGGGAGCUGGGACCGGUCGGUUCGCCUGUGGGACCCGAGAACGCCCUGCAACGCGGGGACCUUCACUCAACCGGAAAAGGUGUACACGCUGUCGGUGGCCAGGGACAGACUGAUCGUAGGAACAGCUGGGCGGAGGGUGCUGGUGUGGGAUCUGAGGAACAUGGGCUACGUUCUGCAGCGGCGGGAGUCCAGCCUCAAGUACCAGACCCGCUGUAUCAGAGCCUUCCCCAACAAACAGGGCUUCGCGCUGAGCUCCAUCGAGGGUCGCGUGGCGGUGGAGUACCUGGACCCCAGUCCGGAGGUGCAGAAGAAGAAGUACGCCUUCAAGUGCCACCGGCUGAAGGAGAACGGCAUCGAGCACGUCUACCCCGUCAACGCCAUCUCCUUCCAUGGCACCCACAACACCUUCGCCACUGGCGGCUCGGACGGCUUCGUGAACAUCUGGGACCCGUUGAACAAGAAGCGCCUCUGCCAGUUCCACCGCUACCCCACCAGCAUCGCCUCGCUGGCCUUCAGCAACGACGGCAGCCUGCUCGCCAUCGCCUCGUCCUACAUGCAGGAGCAGGGCGACAUCAGCCACCCCGAGGACGCCGUGUUCAUCCGGCAGGUCACAGACGCGGAGACUAAGCCCAAGUGAGGCUGACGCUCCCCGAAGUCAGCCUCACUUGGGCUUGGUGUGGAUAACAGCCACACUUGAUUGGUAUGUGGUUCACCGUUAAGCAACGCUGACGCGUUGCUUAACGGUGAACCACAAACCAAUCAGGUCUGGCUGUUUUCUAAUACAGGAGUACUGCAUCAUACGCCUUUUUGGGAACGUUCGCAUCGUCAGCGACGUUCCGUUGAGAAAAAUUGCGGGAAAGUUGGAUUUUCUUUUUCCAUUUGUACAAAUUGUCCUUGUGAGAGUUUAGGUUGAUGGGCCCACUUUUGAGCGGGAACGGAGCUGAUGUUGGCGUAUGAAGCAGUAGCCUCCUCGUAUUAGAAUAUAGAGUGAGCGGAAGGGCCGCAGCAUCAUGAUCUGCACAGGCCCUCUCGCUCUUCCAACAACCAGAACAAUUGAAAGACGCGCACACUCCCCGAUACACAACCCGACAAACUCCCCCACACACGCGUGCAAGGGGAAUAAUACUUUACUAGUGUCGGAAUAUCUGCAUUUAGGCUUCUUCUCAUACUGAAUUAUUGUUGUGAAUGUUGGUACAUUUUGAGUUGAACUUCUCGGCUUGUGCGUGAAGAUGUUUAUUCAUGAUGGAUGGUUAGCAGACUCCUGCACCAAACUCAGUUUGGUUUUCGUCAUACUACCUUUUUCUUUUUUAAACCCAACCGGUCCCACUCAAUUUGGGCCUAAAUGCAUUCAAGUUGAGAGGAAAGCAAAGCGUUGUUUCCUGGUGUUACCACCGUUUGAUUUCAUGGUUCCUCUGAUAAUUCCUCCCGCAAUGGCUCCCCAACAUGCACGCUGAACUCUACUGUUGGUAAGGUUGUUCUGGUCCCCCUCCUUUGGCCACUUUGAAGCUUGUGUGUACAGUUCUCCCCGGUCUCCUGUCCCUCAUCUACUCUUGCCUUUCUUCCUGUUUGUAAAAUGUUUUAACGUCGACUUUUCUCUUCCACCUGAUUUCCCCUAGUCUGAUGUCGCUGUCCUUCAUGUGCGUGUGUUUUUAUUCGUUUCUCCUCCUUUUAACGGAGAUAACUGAAGCCUCACGUUGACCCCCGACCCAACGCGGAAAAAAAGGCGCGUUUUCUACGUGAUGGAUUUAUAAUAAAAUGUGUAAAAAAAGGAAAAACUC